AUGUUUAUUUAUCACUUGUGUAUCAGCUCUUUAAUGUUUAUUUAUCACUUGUGUAUCAGCUCUUUAAUGUUUAUUUAUCACUUGUGUAUCAGCUCUUUAAUGUUUAUUUAUCACUUGUGUAUCAGCUCUUUAAUGUUUAUUUAUCACUUGUGUAUCAGCUCUUUAAUGUUUAUUUAUCACUUGUGUAUCAGCUCUUUAAUGUUUAUUUAUCACUUGUGUAUCAGCUCUUUAAUGUUUAUUUAUCACUUGUGUAUCAGCUCUUUAAUGUUUAUUUAUCACUUGUGUAUCAGCUCUUUAAUGUUUAUUUAUCACUUGUGUAUCAGCCCGCUUUUGUUUAUGUUUCAUAUGUAUGUUUUUUUCUGUAUCACCUCUCCUGUUUCUGUAUCACCUCUCUUGUUUCUGUAA